GCAAGCAUCAGGAAGGCGCUGAGAAGCCCCGGCCCGCGCUCGGCGGGAUAAGGGUGCCCUGGACAGUCCCUCAUGUCCUGCCGCCGGGGGACGGGAGGGCGGCCGCUGGCUCUCCUGGAACGGAACUACAUUUCCCAGCGCCCUUCCCGGCGGCCACCGCCCCUUUCCCGCAGGGCUGGGCGCACGCCCGCGCCGUGCCGGAGCCGCUCGGCGGCGGCACCUCAGCCGCGGCCGCCACUCCGCCCCCUCCGCGCCGGCAGCUCCGACCCGGCAGCUCCGACCCGCUCCCAGCCCUCGCCCGCCGCCGCGGCAGCUGCGCGUCGCCCGCCGGCAGCGGGCCCGGAGCGGCGGCGGUGCCCGUGCUGCGCCAUGGCUGACAGCACAGCGCAGCCUCAGCCGGCUCCCGCCGCGGCUCCGGACGCGGGUCCCGACGCGGGUUCCGACGCGGGUCCCGGCGCGGCCCCUCCGGCCUCGCCGACGCGGGAGCGGCGGUCGGACGAGUCCCCCGGCUCGGAGGGCGCGGGUGCGGCCAUGCCGCGGCUGUCGCUGGGCGGCCCGGGCGGGGCGGCGGGGAUGUCGCUGCCGCGGCUGGAGAAGCCGAUCAAACAGGCCUUCUACAACACCGGGGCGCUGCUGUUCGCGGGGCUGUGCUGCGGCGCCGCCGUCCUGGUGUACUUCAUCCUCGAGGCGUUCCUGCGGCCGCUGCUCUGGGCCGUGCUCUGCGGCACCUUCCUGCACCCCUUCAAGACCUCGCUGACCGCGCUGGGGCGGCGCUGGCUCGGCCGCCUGCACCGCUCCCGCACCCCCGUGCUGCUGGCCGCGCUCCUGCUGCCCAUCUGCUUCGCCAACUACGGCGUGGAGGCGCUGGGCGAGCAGGUGCUGCGGCGGCGGCGGCUCCUGCUGCUCCUGGGCGCCGGCGGGCCGCUGCUCUACGGGCUGUACUGCCUGGGCAGCUCCCUGGGCGUGCAGGUGCUGCUGGCACAGGCCGCCCGCCUCAUCUGCCAGGGGCUCGACUACUUCAGCAGCCAGUGGAUAUGGACACUGGUAGUUGGUUACCUUCUGAUGGUUUCAUUCAAGUGGAAUGUAAGCACUGAACGUUACUUAAAAGCAGUCUCUGUUCCUGUCUGGCUUAUGCUGCUCUUUCACUUAGCUUCUGUGGCAGGUUCCUGGAGAAUUCCUGUAUUUCUGGUUAUAGUUGUUCUGAUGACUGUAGGCAUGUUGCAUGAACAGCAGAAUGGAAAGGAGUCUUCUGGGGCAGAGCUUCCCGGUCAGAUGAUUUCCAUUGCUGCUUCAACAAUUGCCAUGGCUAUUUCAAUGACAGAAGAUGAAUCUAAUAAUGAACAUUCCUCCCAACCCUCAGGAGUAACAGAAGGUGAUCAGCCUCCACGUGCUGCACCAUCUAUCUCCUCCUCUUCUUCUGGGAACAGACAAAGACCUGAGAUUGGAUCUUUUCUUAGAAAAAAGAAAACGAGUGAUAUUUACUUUGUUACACUUGUGUGGGCCAUCGUCAUUGUUCAGAUCUGGCUAAAUUUUUGGAUUGUGCAGCUAUUGCCAGUGCCUUUUGCAGUUUGGGCACUUAAAAAACUCGUGGUUCAUUUUGGAGUUUUGAACUUCUUGGCAAACCAUUGCAAAAGUUGGUGGCAAUUUGUUGAGAAUUUUGUGAAGGAACGUCAGGAGGCUCUUGCUCCACGGCCCAUCAGAGGACUCGGAAGUGUCAUGCUAAAGCUUGACAGUAAGCUGUGGCACUGGCUUAAUAAGAAGAUGAUCGUGUGGUUGGAGAAAAUGCUAGAUAAAAUAAUCAGCAUUUUUAUAAUAUUUGUGCUAGUGAUAGGAACCCUCCUGCUAGCCCUCCUCCUCACUGCGAAGGUACAUCAAGAGAGUGUUCACAUGAUUCAAGUCACAAGCAGCUUGAUCAAUGAGACAGUAGCCAGUCACCCAGAAUGGGCAAACUGGCUCCCAGAAGCCCAGGUAAUUCAGAAGGCACUCAAUUCCGCAGCAAAUAAUGUGUACCAGUAUGGCCGAGAAUGGAUUACGCAUAAGCUCCAUAAGAUUUUAGGAGAAAAAGUGAAUAACACCGCUGUGAUUGAAAAACAAGUGCUAGAGCUGUGGGACAGGCUUUAUCACUCUUGGUUUGUGAAGAAUGUAACACAUUCUGGAAGACACAAAGGACACAAGUGGCACAUAAACCGUCAAAACAGCUGGCUUGGAGAUAUUCUGGACUGGCAAGAUGUCGCAUCAUUUGUUCAUGAUAACAUUGAAACAUUUCUCUCGAUCCUGGAGUCUUUGUGGAUAGUGAUGAGUCGGAAUGUCAGUCUCUUGUUUACUACAGUUACGACAUUAGUGACAAUCCUCUUCCACAGUGGGACAGCUCUUCUCAAUUUUGUGCUUUCUGUGGUGAUUUUUCUGACCACACUGUUCUACCUACUGAGCUCCAGUGAUGAGUACUACAAACCAGUAAAAUGGGUGAUAAGCCUGACACCUUUGUCUCAGCCAGGUCCCUCCUCAAAUAUAGUUGGCCAAUCCGUGGAGGAAGCAAUAAGAGGUGUAUUUGAUGCUUCCCUCAAAAUGGCUGGGUUCUAUGGACUGUAUACUUGGCUGACUCAUACUAUAUUUGGAAUUAACAUAGUCUUCAUACCAUCUGCAUUAGCAGCAAUCCUUGGAGCAGUGCCAUUUCUGGGGACAUACUGGGCAGCAGUCCCUGCAGUCCUAGAUUUGUGGCUUGUGCAAGGACGGGGAUGCAAAGCCAUUUUGCUCUUGGUUUUUCACCUCUUGCCAACUUAUUUUGUUGAUACAGCCAUUUAUUCAGAUAUAUCAGGAGGUGGUCAUCCUUACCUGACAGGUCUUGCAGUAGCUGGUGGAGCAUACUACCUGGGACUGGAAGGAGCCAUCAUAGGACCAAUUCUACUUUGUAUACUUGUGGUUGCCUCCAACAUAUAUAGUGCCAUGUUGGUGAGCCCAACAAAUUCAGUGCCCACUCCCUCACAAGCGACAUGGCCAUUACAGAUUUACCGGUCAUCUCGAGAGAGUCCCGAGGAGAUGAAAAUGUCUUCAGAGUGAUGAAGGUGCUGGGAUGUAUCAAUACAACAUGAGGGAAUUGCUGUCUUCUAUCUUGAGUUCACAGCAGCCAUGGCCUUCUCUCCCUUCCCAGCUGUGCCUGGGGGCAGCUCACAGGGAAGCAUAGCUUGGGGUUUAGUAGAAAGUAUUUCUCGAACAUCUGCUGGCCUUACAUUAUUGUUCACUUUGCCUCUUCAAGGGAGAAUGUCUACUUCCCAUGGCUUUGCAUACCAACACACAGUUCAACUACCUUGUUGAAGACUUUGAAGACCUUCUGUCUUCAUAAAAAGAAUGGUUAAAAGGGACAGGCACAUCCACUGGAGUCAUUGUUAUCUGCUGAAAUUACUAACUUGGCUUUUAUUUAUUGGGUUAUUUGUCUUAUUAAAUUGUAGUAGCUUUAAAGAAAGCUGUAAUUCCAAAAUAUUUAUUUUCAGUUAAUCUGGUGGCAAAAGAAGUGUAAACCACUUGUUGUGAAAUGAAAGUAUAAUAGAAGUAUUUGCUGUUCCUCAAAGUAUUUCUUUAUAGGCUUCAACUCUCAUAUGUAACUCAUAAUAACACUUAAAUGUCAUCCUCUUAUAUGCACUGAAAUUUAGUGGUCUUGGAGACUGGUGUUUCUAAUAUCAUCCUGAAAUUAGUAGAAAUGCAAACUGUUAAACGUGGGUUUUCCUCUUACUGAAAUAGGAGGAUUUGUUUAAAUAGUUUAAAUCUUGCCCUCAUUUGCAGUGAAAUCUGAUAAUAUUUUGCUGCUCACCCACCCUCCCAGUGGAGUCAUCUUGUCAACUAAAUUUAAUCCAAGGCCUUAAGUGUUUUCAGGCAGUAGUAAUGUGUGAUAGUCAUGUCUACUUCCAGUAAUAGGAAGAAGUCGAAUGGGGAUUGUUUAAUGUUGUUUUUCAAAUGCUGUGGCUAAGUUCGAUUAACUUUUCAAACAAAUUUUAUUUCCAGAGAGAAAGGGAAGAGAGCACAGAUUUUGGUUUAGUUUAGUUAGGAGUUUUGUAAGCCUGUGACUAGAUGUCUCUCUAAGAUAUAAGAUAUGCCUUAAUAUAUUAAGAUAUAUCUUAUUAAUAAAGUUCUUAAAUUUCUGAAAUGUUGCCUCAGUCACAGCGUGAAAUCCUCUAGUGUUUUUCUUCCAUACAUAACUUUGCUUAACUUGCAGUUUUGGUGACAUUUAAGGCCUUUUAUAUUGAUUGUUGAAAUAUUUUGACAAAAUGGAUCUUUAUAAAUGGAUCCUUUUUGUAAAAGGGAAGUGGGUUUUUUGGUAGAUAUUUUUCACAGUUGCACAGCUUUUCCACAAAUACAAUGAGGCCCUGGGUACUAAGUAGCAGAUGCACUUGCUUAACCAAAGAACCACUUUUCAGUUUCUAGUAACUUCUCUUGAAUUUAUUUCAGUUUGAUUGAUAAUGAGUUGUACAAAAUACAGGCAUGCCUUGUGUUUAUUGACAGUAAUAUGAUGGAUGAAACAAAAAUCCAUUCUUAUCCAGGGAUAAGAAUGUCUCUGAGAUGUGUGUACAAAUAGCUGUCAGUAAUAAGAUGUUCGUUUUACCUGAGUUGCAGGAGUGCUGAUAGAUAUGGAAGGUUCUUACUUUCAUGGGUGUAGGUAUUUUACAUUGUUGCUAAAAAUACAUUUCCAUGGAAAGUGAUUGGAAAGUACUCUGAUACAUAGUAAGCAAGAAAGUCCUGCUAUAGGUUUGCAAUAAACAGGCUGCCUGUUAAGACACAAAUAGCGUUACUCCUCAGAUUCUCAAAAUUUACUGCUGCGAUUUUACUCAUGAAAUUUUAUAUUUAAGUAGUUGAGUGUGGUUGAGUGUGCUGUUUGCACACUUGUAGGUAUGUGUUUGAAGGACAGACUCAGGAUUAAUUUAGUAGGUUGACUCAAGUUCAUUAAAAUACGGAAACAUCCCAUUUAGUAUUUUAAAUUCUGAAAGAUCUACACAUUAGUUCCAACUAACUGAAUAAGAAGAAUGUAAUGCUUGAAUCAAGUAUAUGUCCUGUGGUUUUAUUUCCUUGGCUUUUUUGCUCAUGAAAAAUCUUUAACAAAACAUAUUUUUAUAAUUGUUACUGGCUAGGGUCGAGGAUGAUGAAAAGCUUGAAGGUGUCACUAAGUAUUCCUGCAACAUUCUAACCAGACUGAAUGUGAACACCAUUAUACUUAGGAAACUUGCUUAUUAUAUUACUUUUUGUUUAGUUCACAGUUUUGCACUGAAUCGUUGUGUUCUUAUUGUAGCUUAUUGUAGACAGCAUUUAAAGAAGAUUAGUAGCAA